GACAAAUAGUUGGAUGGCUAAGGGGUUAAGCCAAGAAAUAUCUGCAGGACCGCCACCUUGUCUUGUUUGCUUUCUGAGGCCGUCGUUUGAUUUCACGGUUGCUACAUGUCGGUGGCGGCGCGGCGGCACAACAAUCACGUUUUAGUUUGAGAUUAAGAUUAGGGAAGUUGCAAUGGCGGCUGCUACAGUGUCACGGUUCUCCACCCUCAUUCCCACCCAAAACCAGUUUUCCAAAUGGGAUUCUGAACGUGGGUUUUCGAGCAAAAGCCUUGAUUUUCUGCAUUUGAGGGCCAAGAGUGGCGGAAUAGGGAGGGUUGGACUCCGUGUUUCAAAGAAACUGAAUGUCGUUUCUGCCACCAUUGAUAAGGAGAAUGUAGUGUCUCUGCCUGAGCCUGUGGCUCCGCUCACUCGUUCCAAGUGAGCAUGCGUUUCCCCUCUUGCUCUUUCAUUAUAUUUGCUACU